UGUCGCUAGACUUCUAGAGAUCACUGUGGAGAUCAGGAUCAGGAAUCUUUUCAUCAAAGAAUGAAGAAGACUUGACAGCGCUGAAAGUAAAUAAACAUGGCAGCCGCUUUCGCUGGGCCACGUCCCGUCCCUAAUAAGUUACCAGAUGGCUAUGAAAGAUGGGUAUGUCUGUAUCCAGCCUACCUAAACAAGGAUAAGUCACGUGCUGAAGGCCGUAGAAUUCCCAAGGAGAAAAUGCUUGGUGAAAGGAAAAUAUAUUGUCGCGAAAAGAGCAAGGAGGCACCAUAUUGGGGAAGAGUGCGAGUACAGUUGAAGAAUCAGAGUGGUGAACCUGUGAAUCCCAAAUUCCAAACUCGGGAGGACCUCAUGGUAUACACAGCAGAAAAAAUACCCCAACUGAAAAGUAGAACUAAUCCUAAACAUGGUCAAGAUGUCCAACAACAACAAGGAAAACAAGGUAAAGGAAAGAAAAAGAAGUAACUUUGAGUAAGAAAUAUUUAUUUCAAACCUUUUCUCUUGCAUUAUUUGUGUGUUGGUUAAAUAAACCCGAAAGAUUUUUAACAUCAUCAGAUACAUUUAUAACUUAUAAAAAAUAUUGUUUUAUGAAACAAAUAGGUCCAGAAAAUAAAGGCCUGAAAUA